UCGACGUCUAACCUCUCUCAUCUCUCCCAGCUUUGGACUGCAUCAAACGAACAACACACAGAGCAGCGAAAUCGGAAAUGGUGAGAGACGAAAAUGAAAAUCCAGUUUCAGAAGUAGAUGAAGACGAGGAAGAAUUAUCAAAUGGAGAGGACGAGGAAGAAGAAGAUUUUGAUGAGGAUGAAGAUGAGGAAGACGAGGAAGAAGAAGAACCACCAGUAACAUCGGAAUCUAGAAUGCGAGCCGAAAGAGCAAGAAUGGAAGGAGUCUUUCAUCGGAUUUCUUCUGAGAGAGUUCCAUUGAGAGUCCAUGAUGUGUUGAUCAAAGGAAACAUGAAGACUAAAGAAUCGUUAAUCGAAGCUGAAAUCGGAGCCCUAAAAACCGCCACGUCAGUCCAAGAGCUGCUUCAGGCGGCGACGAUAGCGAAUGCCAGGCUUCAGAAGCUUGAUAUAUUUGAUUCCGUAAAUAUCACGCUUGAUUCAGGACCGCCUGAAUUGCCUGGGACUUCUAAUGUGAUUGUUGAAGUUGUUGAGUCCAAAAACCCUCUCACUGGUGAUAUUGGCAUUUUCACGAAGCCUGAGGCUAGAUCUUGGUCACUUGAAGGAUCACUUAAACUCAAAAACUUAUUUGGAUAUGGAGAUUUGUGGGAUGGUUCUUUAUCUUAUGGGUGGGACCAAACAUCAGAAGCUAGUGUUGGCAUCUCUUUGCCAAGAUUCAUGAGAUUGUUCACUCCUGUUAUGGCUCGAGUAUCCCUUCUUUCUCAAGAUUGGCUCAAAUUUUCCUCUUAUAAGGAGCAAGCACUAGGCCUAUCUCUUGGCCUACUUUCAACCAAGAACCAUGAUUUAGCAUAUAAUCUUUCUUGGCGCACGUUGACUGACCCAUCACAAAUGGCUUCUGAGUCAAUAAGAAGGCAACUUGGACACGGUUUACUAUCACAUUUGAAGUAUACUUUUAAGAUUGAUAAGAGGAACUCACCUCUUAGACCCACUAGAGGGUUUGCUUUUGUUUCUUCUUCUCAACUUGGAGGCAUUUUUCCAGAUUAUCGCAGCUUGCGUUUUGUACGCCAGGAAUUUGAUCUUCGAUAUGCUUUACCUUUGGGUUUUGCACGUGCUGCUCUCAACUUUGGAGUUGCUGGUGGUGUACUUUUCCCAUGGGGAAGUGAAUUCCUGAACACACCAACAUCAUUACCGGAUCGAUUCUUCUUAGGUGGGAACUCCUCUCCCGUUUGCUCAUUGGGAGGGCCCACAUCCUUAUUGGGCUUCAAAACCAGGGGAUUAGGCCCAAGCGAACCAAAACGCCAAUUCAAAACAAAUUCUGAAACUCCUGAAAGAGAUUUUGUUGGUGGAGACCUUGCUGUUACUGGCUUUGCAGACCUUUCUUUUGAUCUCCCUCUGAAGUACCGCGACUCCUUCCGUAGCUCUGCGGGCUUUGGGCUUAUUGUACCAACUAAAUUGUUUCGCAUGGAGGUGAACUACUGCUACAUAGUGAGACAACAUGAACAUGAUCGAGCAAAGACUGGUGUCCAGUUUAGCUUUUCUUCACCAUUAUAGGAUUCUCAUCCUGGUGUCAUCUCAACUUCACAACAAACAAGCCAUUAGCCACUCCACCGCUGUCAUCAGGUGAAGUGAAGGGUUCUUGUAAUUUUGAAAAAAAAAAAAAACUACAGAAAAUUAAUAAUCUCAUCUCAGUUAUAUGACAAUUGACAUGCUGCUUUGUUUGAAUUGUUAUAUCUCAUCUGUUGAUGUUGUUAAGAAUUUGUUUUGGAAUUCUUCGGAGAUAUGUGAGUGUGAGUGUGUUUCUGGUUGUUUAGAAAUUACAUGAAAGAUAGUGAGUGAAGUUGGAAUUAUUGGGUGGUGUAAUGUGUUGUUGUGUGAUGCGAUUCGAUUCGCAGACGAUUAAUUUUGAUUCAAAGGCAGGGCAAGGCG